AACAAAGACAAAGAGAAAUACAAAUGAUCGUACAUUAUGGAAAAACUUUAAUAGAAUUGUUCGAUGAAACAAUUGUGAUGAAUAUUUACACAACAAAGAAUCAUAAUUCUUUUGGAAAAGAGUAUAUGGUUGAGAAGUUCAACAGUGUAUUCAACAUAAAUAUAACUUAUGGUUAUUUUAAGAACAAGCUUGAUGAAUUCAAAAAAAAUUGCAAGAGAUGGAAAGCUCUUAUGAGUUUCAUUGGUAUUUUGGUGGAUCCUGCGACAUCCAUGAUCUAUGCAUCUGACGCAUGGUGGAAAGAGCGUGAAUUGAGAUGCAAAAUAAUAAAAGUUUUCAACCGAAAACCCCCAUAUUUUUGGAAUGUGAUGCGUGAAGACGACCUUCGUGGCUCUGACACUGAUAGUGGUGACAUGCUCGAAACACAAAUUCCUGAGACACAAGAA